UAAUACUUCAAUGGCGUUCUUCUUGUUCUCAUACCAAGUGCACGAGAAGUCCAUACUCUUUCCUCUAAUGGCUUUAUCGUUGAUAACGAACGAAUAUCCAGAGUUUAUGCUGUACUUUACUGGUAUAGCUUGUUUCAGUCUUGCGCCAUUGCUAGCAAAGGACGGUUUGCUUCUAGCCUAUGGCUCAUUACUUACGCAGACGUGUCUUCUCAUACACAAGACCCAUCUCGAAGGAAUUGCCGAACGACGCUGGAAUAGGUUCUAUCUUCUACGUAUUAUGAUGUUCUUAUCGCUAAUAUCCGCCUGUCUGCUCCAUUUAGCUGAAACAUUUAUAAGCCCACCUGCCAAAUAUCCUGAACUAUUCGUACUUUUGAACUACGCGUUCAGUUUUGGCCAUUUUGUAUUAUUUUAUAUCUAUGGACACGUCGUGCAGUGGCGAUACACCGGCGAAGCUUCUCAUGCUGACUAUACAGACAACCAGUAUAAAAUCAAAAUGAAGGCUACUUAAAUUGCCCACACAAAGGAAAAAAUUGCACCAAAGAUAAUCAAAAUUAUAUGGCUGACAAAUCAUUAGCUAGGUCGUCCAAAAUUACAGGUUCGAAAACGCUCAGCCCGAUCACCUAGGCACAGAGCAUGAAAGGAAUUUAAUUUAAUUGAUGUUUGUAAUACACGUAUAAUGAAACGCCCGUUAGGUUUCAAUAUGAUCUUCUUCUCGCUUAAGUAUAUAUAGUAUGUGCGUGUAACAGAGAUUAGCGCAAUGUUGAACACUAAACAUGUCGAAGAUGUCGGCUACAAUGUCACCUAUGAAAACUCACUUUAAUGAUACGAAUUCAAAUCCUAAAGAGAUUACGCGUCGAUAAUGUGGCCGGUGAUUGUCGUAAUUGGAGCACGUAGGUGCAAUAGGGCCUCCAGCCCUUUUUAUUUGUUGCGUAUCGCGUGGAGUGUUGAAGUCCACUAUGGACGUUACAGUGAAGCUAUUUUAAGGUAACAAUGACUGAAUUUUUAAAGUUCAACUGAUAUUUUUUUAUCAGACGAUAUUCGGUUUAUUGAAAUUGAUUAAAUUAAAAUAAACAUUUUGGUACAAGGAGUGCAUUGUAAACGAUCUUGCACAUUCUAACCCAAUGAAUAUUUAAAUAAUAGGUAUUCAUAACAUUUUCGGAGCUGGAAGUACCGCCAUGAUACGAUUAUGCCCUUGACAGGCAACAGUUAGUCAUGUUUUCAACAAAGCUUAUAGUAGAGACAAAAGUAUCGGCGAGGCUUUGUUAAAACUACGUAUCAGCAAUACUCUCAACUUAACUAAUAAUAGCCCAAUUGAGACGCGUUUUAAUCGAUGCCGACCCAAUGCUCGAAAACAGCUGCGGAAAAGAAAAAUUACUACCGAGAUACCUUGCUGGCUUGAUUCAGACUUAUUUAAUGUUUUUACUGCUGCGUAGUAAGGCCAGAACUUAGAAAUGGUGUGAAGUAAAAAUCAAUCUAGGGGGCGUAUACGGGACGCGCCGUAUUUCUGCUCAAGGCCAGUAAAACCUUCAAGAUGCCUUAUGCUUAGAAAAAGUGAGCUAAAGGUUUGAGAGAGUCGUAUGUGUCUGGUGCCCGUUUGAAGCUAUGGAAGCUUCUUCACAGAACGUGAAUAAAGUCGUACCUGUUUGCAUCGUUCGAUGGAAAAGGAUCGCCCAUAUCAAAUGCUGUAUUUUGUCUCUGUUUUUUGAACAAAAGCGACGAAAUAAAUGUACAUAUAUAAACAAAUUCAGUUCAAUCAGUUGUAAAUGGGUAUAGCACUUGUACUUAGUAGAGGAGGUACAUAUUCCUAAUAUGAAGCAGUAACCAAAUGAUGGACUGUGUUUAUUCAGUGAAUAAAAUGAUCUUAGAUCAUCUUAGAGAUGUAAUUAUUGGCACGGAGUACAAUCGGUUAGUUUAGUUUAAGAGUACAA